AUGGUGUAUGGGCAUCCCAAUGGCGUCAACUGCGUGAAGGGCGAGAUCCACAACGUGCUCAGUGUCAUGCGCGUCAAUGCGCGCUGGGCGUCUACCUCGCGCUUCAAGCGAGAGAUCCCGACGCACACGCAGAGCCCGCUCUUGCGCCGCUUCAAGGAGCUCCACGUGCAGCUCGAGGGCGUCAUGGACCUUGGCGACGUCGACACGCUCAACGUCCUCGAGCCCUUUGUGCACGUCAUCGAGAGCGAGAAGACGAGCGGCAUCAUCACGGGUGCGGCCGUCUCGAGCCUCAACAAGUUUCUGCUCUACGGCCUCAUUCCGCCGGACGGGCUGCGCGCCACCGAGGCCAUCAACCGCAUCGCGCUCUGCGUCUCGCGCUGCCGCUUUGAAGAAACGCACCGCGACGUCGACGAGAUGGUGCUCAUGAAGCUCAUGGAGCUCCUCGAGUGCUGCGUGCGCUGCGAGGCCGGCCGCCUCAUCUCGGGCGACAACAUUUGGAAGAUGGUCCACACGUGCUACAGCAUUAGCUGCCAGCCGCGCGCUUCGAUGCAUCUCUGCCAUACGGCCGAGAACACGCUGGCGCAUGUGAUUUUGACCGUCUUUGAUCGCAUUGCCGACAUGGACCCGAUCGUUUUGGGCGCCGACGAAGAUGACAAUGAGCGCGAGGAUAAUGAGAGCGAGGUCGUUGUGCCCUAUGGCAUCCCGGUCCUCGAGCAGCUUCUUACGUUUCUCAGCGACCUCAUCAAGCCCAAGGAGAAGGAAGACACGACGGUCCUCGGCCUGAGCUUGAUCAACCUCGUGCUCGAGACGGCGGGCACAGGCCUCGGAGCGCACCCGUGUCUCGUGCACGUCCUCCAGGGCAAUCUCUCCAAGUACCUGCUUCAAAACUCCGAGACGACCGAACUCCACGUGUUGAGUUUAACGCUGCGCGUGGUGUUUAACCUCUUCAACUCGAUCAAGGACCAUCUCAAGGUGCAGCUCGAGGUCUUUUUACAAGCGUCCACAUGCGCAUCAUCGACAGAGCUCGCCCUUGAAAGUCUGCUCGAGUUUUGCCGCGAACCGGCGCUCAUGCUCGACUUGUACAUCAACUAUGACUGCGACGUGCACUGCACCAACCUCUUUGAAGUGCUCUGCAAGGCCCUCGCGCGCAACACCCAAGUGACAGCCUUCGCGCCCGACGUGCCGCCAGUGUUUAACAUUCUCAACCUCCUCGCCUUGGAAGGGCUCCUGGCGGUCCUCGAGUCCAUUGCGCGUCGAUGCCCGCUCGGCGGUGCGUCAUCCAUGGCCGACGUCACGGGCUACGGCCUCGCGCAGAUCCUCGACGGACCGAUCCCGUCGUCGUCGUCGCUGCCGGUGCGUCGCGUAGGCAAGCAGAGCAAGAAGCGCUACAGUUUGGCCGCCGACAAGUUUCACAACGAGCCGAAAAACUGGGUCGCGUACGCGCAGCAACUCGGGCUCUUGCCGAAUCCCGUGACGGCCGAGUCGGUCGCUGCCUUCUUCCACACGACACCUGGGCUCGACAAGACCAAGGUCGGCGAAUACUUGGGGGAAGGACCCGAGGACAAGUACCCGUUCCACGCCCAAGUCCGCGACGCCUACGUCGGUGCGUCUCGGAUGCGUGUCGCCACGACCUUGGACCAAGCGCUGCGGCUGUGCCUUUCGAAAUUCCGGCUCCCGGGUGAAGCCCAAAAGAUUGACCGGAUGAUGGAGACGUUCUCGCGAGAGUAUUAUCGCCAGAUCCAGCUCGACAAUCUCGACCAGCCCCUCGCGGAUGCCGACGCAGCCUUCAUCUUGUCGUUCUCGAUCAUCAUGCUCAACACGGAUUUGCACAGUGACCAGAUCCAGCGCAAGAUGACCGUCGACGAGUUUGUCCGCAACAACCGCGGCAUCAACGCCGGACAAGACUUGCCGCGCGAGUACCUCGUCGCGCUCUACAACAACCUCCAAGCCAACCAGAUCAAGAUGCAGACCGACGUCUCGGAUCUCAACACGGACGACGCGAUUGCGACGGUCGACCGGUACUCUGCGCAGUGGGAAGGCGUGCUGAAGCGCCAGCAAAACGUCGUCGGCGCGUCCUUUACUUCGAACGCGUCGGUCCUCAAGCUCCGCGCCGGUCGCCAUGAGCGCGAGAUGUUCCGCCUCAUCCUCGACACGACGACAUCGAGCAUUCUCACGGCCUUUGAACGCACGGGCGAUGAGAGCACGAUGGCAAAGGCGUUGGACGGCAUUGCAAGCGCGACCAAGAUUGCCAUCUACUUCCAGUUGGUGCCCGAGGUCAACAAGCUCAUUGCGGCGCUGGCCGCGUACUUUGUCGAGUUUGCCCACGGCGUCAUGAACGGCGAGCGGGUAUUAUCGAUGCUGCUGGAGCGCCACAUGUCUCAUAGGACACUGCGUAGGUGCACUUGCCAACGGUGGACUCUGCGAGCAAGCGGGCCGCGCCGGCUCGGACAAGGGCGACAGCGUCCAUGUGAUUUUACGCGAAGAAGAGCGACGAGUCGCACGCUACGCACGCUGCAGCUGCUCUUUGAUGUCGUCGCCAAGUACGCCGACUGCCUCCGUCAAGACGCCUGGACGUCGGUGGUCGAGUGCAUCCUCAUCUUCAACGAGCUCGACAUUGCGCCGACAUCGCUGGUCGAGAUGGACGAUUUCGUCGACUCGCGGGGCGUGCCACUGCCGCCGGCCCAAGCCCACCUCUCGCCGCGCGCGCAACAGUCGUUGGUGGCGGGUGUUUCGGGCAAGACGCGCGAGCGGUCGCGCCGGCUCGCCGAGCGCCAGGCCGCGCAUCGCCAGCAGCGCAAUCUGCAGCAAGGCGCGUUGAACGUUGUGGCAUCCGGCGGGUUUUGGGACUCGCUGUCGUCGUACCUCUGGAGCGAAGACGACGACGACGUCGACCUCAACUACCCGCUCGAGCUCGAGGCGCCGUCGCUGCAAGUGCUCUCGGAGCGCUUGGCCGCGGGCUUGCACAUGCUCGUCAAAGGCCAACGCCAUGUACAUGCACGACAUGCCUCUCUCGACGUGGGAGACCUUGUUCAAGUAUCCUCCUCGGGCUCGUCGCGCAGUACCCCGAACGGAUGGCCCGCGACCCUCGAUGCGCUCAAGCAGCUCGUCGCCGACGGCAUUGUCGGGCUCUGGACAGGUGUGUGCAUGCGUCUCGUCAACCAGCGCACGGGUUUGGAAGUGGACGCGCUCCAGCUUUUGUACGCGGUCGCCAAUAGCGACGCGGCCGACGGGUGCUGGAUCGACCUCAUGCGCAUCUUGCUCUCGUACCUCCAGGACGAGCGCGCCGCGGUUGCUCGUGCGGCGUGGGACUGUUUGUACCGGAGUCUGAUGCUGCCAGGCCACCCGAUUGCACCGCUGGUGUGGAAGGACUGCUUUGAAGAGAUCAUCUACACGCUGGACGACCGGUCUCGCAGCAACGGACCCGCGAAAGACUCGAAGGAUCUGAGCUUAUACUCGACGACGCUCCUCUCCAAGGUGUUUUUGUACAACAUCCACACGCUCGCGGGCCUCGACUGCUUCCACACGCUCUGGCUCAACGUGCUGCGGCGUCUCGCGACCAAGCUCGCGCUGCCGCCGAACGCGGCGACGUCGGUCGCGGCGCUCGAAGUGUACGAGACGACGCUGCACGCACUGCACAACCUCCUCGUCGUCAUGACGGCCGAGGGCAUCUUCGAGCGCACGUCGGCGCAGAGCCAGCAAGACGUGCUCACGCUCUCGUACGACCUCAUCCGGUCCGUGUGUCCGCAGGUCCUGGACCAGCUCCGCUUUGACUCGACCCCGUCGUCCGACGCCAUGAUGGACCAGAACCAGCCGCCCGGCGAGUCGGCACAAGUGGAAAGUCCGAUUGCGAUCGAGAUUUUUGUCGAGACAGAGACAAAGAACGACACCCGUGCAGAAUGCUAA